AUGGGGGGUGGGCUGGGAGGGACGGGGGUCCACCGAUGCGCCGCUCUCGCCGUCCUUGCGCCUUUUCUCGCCGCCGCCUUCUCGGUACCGGCCCCUCCGAACGGGAGCGGCACCGGCACCGGCACCACCCCCGGCUCAGCAAAGGUAAGGGCCGAGAACCGCCGGGGCACCGAGGGACCACGCCGGGCUCCCAGAUCGGGGGCUCGGCCACCGCCCCGGCCUGCCCAAGCCGGGCCCUGCCCCCACCCCGCCCUUACACCUGCCCCCGGGCCACGCCCCUUUGGAAACCUUUCCCUCCUGACCAAUCAGAUCGCUCGGCUGUGUUUUGGUCACGCCUCCCCUCUGUUUGCUCACAAUGUGGACCGUUGGUUGCUCCGCCCCCACGCUGUUUUCCCAAUCCCCAUUGGCUGUCCUGUGCGGGGGCGUGGCUCUGGCUCGGUAUAUAAAGCGGGUGGCGGGAGCAGCGUCUCAGUUCGGGAUCGGGAGCGGCGGAGGAGCGGAACGGAGCGGGCGGAGACCCCCGGAGCGGGCGGACAGCGGAGGAUCCCAGCGGUGGACACUGCAGUGGCCGGAGCCUGGAGGAUCCCAGCGGUGGACACUGGAACGGCCAGAGCCCCCGGACCGGGGCGGCCGGACACCAGAGGAUCGCAGCGGUGGACACCGGGGAACCACAGCGAUGAACACUGGUCACAGACCGCCCCCGCGCACAUUACGGUGAAGACGGUCCCGGCCCCCACAGCGGAGGAGCAGCAAGGGUGCGGAGACCCCACCGGGCACUCCGCUCCAGGGACGGCCUCCGCACACAUUACGCGGAGGAGCGAUAAGGGUGCGGAGACCCCACCGGACACUCCGCUCCAGAGACCACCCCCCGCCCACAUCACGUGGGCGCAGACAGUCCCGGUUCCCGCGAACCGGGGAGCAGUGGGGCUGCGGAGACCCCCGCCCCCCUUUCCCCCCUUCCCCCCUUCAUUAAAUGAAAAACGAACUGAAACAAGCCGGCCCCUCCCGGUAACGGGGGAGGGCGGAGAUGAUCUGACACCCCCCGUUCAUCCCCGCACGGGACCGGGGUGGAGCCGAACCCCGAACCGGGCCCUCCUUAACGGGGGAGAACCGGGCCCACCGGACCCUCCUUAACGGGGGAGAACCGGGACCACCGGGCCCUUCCUUAACGGGGGAGAUCCGGGACCAGCGGGCCCUUCCUUAACGGGGGAGAUCCGGGACCAGCGGGCCCUUCCUUAACGGGGGAGAACCGGGACCACCGGGCCCUUCCUUAACGGGGGAGAACCGGGACCACCGGGCCCUUCCUUAACGGGGGAGAACCGGGACCACCGGGCCCUUCCUUAACGGGGGAGGACUGAGACCGGAGCCAGAGACGAGCCUGUCCCACCUGAGGGAGGUGAGGAGGGCUGAGACCCCCGGUGCCCCUAAAUGGAGACCCCAAAAGAGGCGGCCAGAGACCCCCCGGGAAUGGUGGGAGGACAGAGACCCCCCCCCGGUGUCCUUCAAGGGUGAGAAGGGUGGAGACCCCCCCCGAGCAUCCUGCGGGGUGAGAGGGGCAGGGGAGCAUCCCCAGAGCCCCUGAGCAUCCCCCAGGCUCCGGGCAAUGGAAAUCAGAAUUUACAGAAAUCCAAUUUUACAACAGAUGGGGGGAAAAAAAAUCCAAUUUUGCAAAAAUCAAAUUUUACAACUCGUGGGGGAAAAAAAAAUCUACUUUUACAACUCGUGGGAAGCUUUGGCUGAGAUUGACUCCCCCAAGGAGUCAUUUGAGGUGAAAACACGAACAAAUCACAAAGCCCCAACCCCCCCCCGGGCUGUGCCUGUCCUUGUCACACCUGGGGGCUGCUGGGGGUCCCCACCCCUGAACUUGGGGACCAUCGGACCCCCCCAGUUAAGGGAGGGGACAGAAAUGAAAAGUGAACUUAGGGAGGGAGAACCCCCCUGGGCCCUCCCAGACCCCCCAGAGGCAGAGGGGAUGGACCUGGAGCGUCUGGGGGCACCAGGCAAAGGAAAAUGGUCAGAAAUGAAUUCUAACAGAUCGUAAUUUGGCUGAUUGAUUGAUUAUUUGGCUGAUAAUUUAGCUGCUAUUUGCUCUCCCAAGAAACACUUGAGAUAAAAAUGCAAACAAAUCCCAAACCCCUGGGAUUUGGAGCGCGGGGCAGCCAGAGAUUCCAUCCCUGUCACACCCGGGGGCUUUCCAAGUGAUUAAUUAUUCAAUUCUUUAAUUGUUCUGUGGGUUUGGAGGCACAGGGCCCCCCCAGUCCUUCUCAGUGCCCCCAGUGUGACACGGACGGAGACCCCUCAAGCGUCCCCCGGGCUCUGAAAUAAAUAAAAUUCAAUAAAAUCUGGCAGCACAAA